CAGUUACGCUUCACACCAGUGAGCACUCAGCAUCUAUAUUGGGGUUAUUACGCGCUUAUUAGUAAUUAUUUGUUUAUGUUUUUGUUCCUCAAAAGCAGUAGGGGCGAAAGGAGUCCGUCACUUUGUUCCCGUCAUCAGUAACAUCAGUAAAUAGCAGAAAUGGCAGAAGCCCAUCAGGCCGUGGCGUUUCAGUUCACGAUCACUCCAGAGGGGAUCGACCUGCAGCUGUCCCAUCAGGCCCUGAGACAGGUCUAUCUGUCAGGUGUCCGCUCCUGGAAGAAACGCGUCACACGGCUGAAGAACAACGUGAUCACUGGUGUGUAUCCCGCCAGCCCGUCCUCAUGGCUGUUUGUUGUCAUUGCGAUCUUGGCCACCAUGUACACACGCUCGGACCCUUCCAUGGGCCUCAUCGCUAAGAUCCAAGAACAUCUGCCGGUCAGUGAUUCUCUGAGCAUUCAGUGCCGGACGGUGGUUUCUGCCGUCUUGUUCAGUACUCUGCUCUGGUUCUCGCUGAUCUUCACCAUGAGGCUUUGUCUGAAGCAGUUACUGUCGUAUCACGGCUGGAUGUUUGAACAGCAUGGGAAAGUGUCCAACACCACCAAAAUCUGGGCGGGCAUGGUCCGGAUCUUCUCAGGCAGACAGCCUCUGUUGUACAGCUACCAGGGGUCUUUGCCCAACCUGCCUGUUCCUGCAGUCAAAGACACUGUUAAGAGGUACCUGGAAUCUGCGCGUCUGUUGAUGAGCGAUUCUGAAUACGAGAGGAUGAAGACUCUGGCCAAGGAGUUUGAGAGCAGUCUGGGAAACCGCCUGCAGUGGUACCUCAAACUGAAAGCCUUGUGGGCAUCCAACUAUGUCAGUGAUUGGUGGGAGGAGUAUGUCUACCUGAGGGGGCGUGGCCCACUCAUGGUCAAUAGCAACUACUAUGGAAUGGACUUCCUGUACGUGACACCUACACCGAUUCAAGCUGCUAGAGCAGGAAACACACUGCACGCGUGUCUCUUGUACCGCAGGAAACUCAACAGAGAGGAAAUCAAACCUAGUCGUGUGCCGGUUUUAAAUGUGCCUUUGUGUGCUGCUCAAUGUGAGAGGAUCUUCAACACCACACGCAUUCCAGGAGAAGAGACUGACUCGCUGAUCCACUGGCAGGACAGCGAGUAUGUGGCGGUGUUCCACCGAGGACGUUAUUUCCGCCUGUGGCUGUAUCACGCCGGUCGCUUGCUGUCUCCCAGAGAGAUCGAGCACCAGAUUCAGCAUAUCCUGGACGACCCGUCGCCCCCUGUGCCCGGAGAGGCCAAACUGGCAGCCCUGACCGCAGGGGACAGAAUCCCUUGGGCCCAGGCCAGGAAGGAGUUCUUCAGCUCAGGAGUGAAUAAGAGAUCUCUGGACUGCAUUGAGAAAGCAGCAUUCUUCGUUGCCCUGGAUGAUGACGAACAAGGCAUGAUGGGAGAUGAUCCUGCCGGCAAUUUGGAUCGCUACGCCAAGUCCCUCCUGCACGGCAAGUGCUACGACAGGUGGUUUGAUAAGUCGUUCACUGUGGUGGUGUAUAAGAAUGGGAAGAACGGCCUCAAUGCUGAACACUCCUGGGCAGACGCACCUAUAAUGGCUCACGUGUGGGAGUAUGUGAUGACGACCGAUUGUUUCCAGCUGGGUUAUAAUGAAGAAGGUCACUGUAAAGGAGACGUGGCCUCCUCCCUUCCUCCACCUACUAGAUUAAGCUGGGACAUACCUGUAGCGUGUCAGGAGCGUAUCGAACGCUCUCUCGCUGUGGCACAGACACUAGCCGAUGAUGUCGACUUUCAUGUGUUGCCAAUUCAAGACUUUGGCAAAGGUGCCAUCAAAAAGUGUAAAAUCAGCCCGGAUGCCUUCAUUCAGAUUGCUCUACAGUUGGCCUAUUAUAGGAAUCGAGGCUCGUUCACUCUGACCUAUGAAGCGUCUAUGACGCGUCUGUUUCGCGAGGGCCGGACUGAGACGGUGCGUUCCUGCACCAGUGAGAGCUGCACCUUCGUCAGAGCUCUGGAGGACGGAGAGAGUAAAGAGGUGUGUCAGCAUCUCUUCCGUACUGCGGCUGAGAAACACCAGCAAAUGUACAGGAUGGCAAUGACAGGAGGAGGAAUAGACAGACACCUGUUCUGCCUCUACAUUGUGUCCAAAUACCUGGGAGAGGAGUCGCCUUUCCUUAAAGAGGUGCUUUCAGAAACAUGGCGCCUCUCCACCAGUCAGACUCCUCUUCAGCAGGUGGAGCUGUUUGAUUUCGUUAACCACCCUGACUACACCACCUGCGGUGGAGGAUUUGGCCCGGUUGCAGAUGACGGUUAUGGUGUGUCUUACAUCAUCAUCGGAGAAAACAUGAUCAACUUGCACAUUUCCUGCAAACAUUCUUGUCCUCAGACUGACUCUCACAAGUUUGGAGCUGAUAUCAAGAAGGCUUUGAUGGAUCUCCUGGAGCUGAUGUCACCAGAGAAACCAGACCCGUCCAAAGCUGAGCAGAACCACACGAAGAACAGAAAAAAAGACCUGUAGAGGUUGAACAGAUCACCCAUGACGGUCAGAAGACAUGAGGUUGAAUAUAACAAGGAAAUAGCGUGUUUGUGUGUAUGUGUGUUCGGUUGAAUGCACGUUUGUUAUUAUAUGCAAAUCUGCAUUGAUACAUUCCAUGCUUGUUGUAAAAAAAACGAUGCCAUGAAGCCAUGAACAACAUAUAAUGUAAAAAUGGUGGAAGCUGCUUCGUCUUAAAAUGCAUUAGUUAGUAAAAAUGUAUAAGAGGAUUAAGAGCAAGAGAUAGUUUGAUAGGGGAAAACCUUGUGUGUUUUCCAGUAGGACCAGUCCAUUUAUAUUUAGUUUGGUCCUCAUUUUUUAAUAAUGAAGAAUCAAAAUUAUUAGCAUACAUCACCAGCAGGGUGAUGGGAGUCUAAUGGUUAAUGAUCUGACCAGUAAUGGUUGUAGGUUCAUUGCACUUAAGCUUGACCGAGGAUCGAAGUAAUGCAUCACCUCUGUACCUUCUGAUGAAGGCACUUCACUGCUCUUACAGCACAGUACAUCACAUUCACAUAGAAACUCCCCAUCUGAACUGCUCAGUUUAAGGUGUAAUAAUAACUGGAGCUUGGACUAAAAUCCAGUGUCAGUUUACUUGAAUCCCAGAGCAGAAGUAUAAGAUUUCAGUGACUAAUGACUCAGAAUAUUACAUGUGACUGCAGUUUUUAUGUGAUUAUCCAGAUACAUUGAUGUGUUGAUCUCACUAUUAAGUCUAAUUUUAAGUUUUUUUUUUUUAGUAAAAGUCCUUUUUUUUUUUUUUUUUUUUACACAAGGAAGAGUUAAGAUAAAAUAACUUAAUAACAAUUUACAAUUAAUUUAGCAAAUUUAAGAAUGUGUAAUAGGUCUAAAGAAAGUGAUGUCUGAGAAGGAACACAUUUGUUAAUAUCUCAAUAUUUCAAAUGCACAGUUUAACUUCAAAGAAAAAUCAAGGCCAGUUAAUUGCAAAUAGUUCCUGUUUACUUUACAAAGACAUGUUUCCUUAACAAAGCUAGGUAUGUGAUACAAAAUCUGAUAUGGUUUUGAUUUUAAAAGGUGUACUUGGAAUUAAAUCAUUUGGUUAACCUUCUAAUGAACUAAUUAGACGGCCAGAAUGCUUUCAAAGCUAAAUGUGGUCAUGAUUUUUAUAUAUUCAAUAAUAAUAAUACUAAACCCUUUAAUAAAUAUUCCACGUAAAUUCUAUUUUCAAAAAAGUAGAGAAGUGUUAAGCUUUAUUUAAAGGAAUAUUUCACCCCAAAAUGAAGAUUUGCUAAAAAAAUUUACUUGUCGUUCAAGAGUUUGUUUCUUCAUCAGAUUUGAAGAAAUGUAGCAUUACAUCUCUUGCUCAGCAAGGGAUGCUCUGCACUGAAUGGGUGCCGUCAGAAAAAAAGUCCAAACAGCUGAUUAACAUCAAAAUAAUCCUGAAGUAAUCAACUUGACUGUAAAAACUGUGUUUGUAAUGAACAAACUCAUCAUUAAGAUGUUUUUCACUUAAAACUGGAGUUCAUAAUCCAUAAUAUUUGCUUUAUCCAGUGAAAAUGUUGUCUAAAUCAGGAGAGAAAUAUGCACAAAUCAAAGCACUGUUUACAAGACAAAAACAGUUCUAAAUAAAUAUGUUGUUAUGGAUUAUGGACUCGUAUUUUGGCCAGAAGUGACAGUUUAAAGUUAAACUGCCUGAAUGAUAGAUUUGCUUCUUACAAACACACAUCCUUUAGCUUCACAAGACCUUAACUGAUUGACUGGAUUGGUGUGGAUUACUGUGUGGACUCUCAUUUUGACGGCACCCAUUUACUGCACAGGAUCCAUUGGGGAACAAGAGAUGUACAGUUAAUUUCUGAUGAAGAAACGAACUUAAUCUACAUUUUGGUUGGUAUUUCAGUAAAUUUUCAUUUUUGGGUAAACUAUUCAUUUAAAUUACUGACAGAAUAAUGAAAAGAAAACAAGAGGUAUUAUAAUAUGAAUAAAAUAGACCGAUUAGAGUUGAGAGGCAGGAUAUAUUCCUGUAACUAACUAUACUACUAUAACCACUUUGAUUGAACAAUUGCUGCAUUAGACACAACAUCAAAACUAUUACACUUUGCAUAGGACAAGAAGGUGAAUUAAUGAGACGCUCAUCAACAUCAGAAAUGUACAAUCACUGUACAGUCUGCAUUAAAGCUGUUUUUCACCAGGAUGUCACUUGGCCGGACUGAGAGCAAGGGCUUCUAGACAUCCUUGAAGUUUUUCUGUUUUGUCCUUGCAAUCUGUUGGCAGCUCUACUCUUUAUUGUGUCUGUACGCCCUCAUAUUAGCCAUUUAAAACAAUAUAAAGUUGCCUUUCAAGUGCACAAGACCCAUUUGCACAACUAGAUAUGUCAUUGUGGAAAUAUUAUAUAUAUGUGUCUAUAUCAAAAAGUUCUUGUCUUUUUUCUGUAAUGCAUAACACUGCUUACACUGUUUGAGUUUUAACCUUACUGAAGAAUUGUACUGUUGUUGUUAUAUUAUUAUUAUUAUUGUCAGUAUUCCAAUGAUUAACUUGAAACUGAGAACAGUAGCAAUGCAAGCGUUUGUGUAGUGCUGAUAUUAGUCUGGAGCAGCAGUGUUUUACAGUACCUCAUCUUUCUGAUGAAUGUUGAAUCAUCCAGCGAUCGAUCUCUCUUUCCUCCCGGGACAGUACUGCAUUCUGUUUCUCUGACUUUCUUCGGUUUCAGACUAUCUGUACACUGCUUUACACUUUCUCUCUUACCCUGGAAAUCUGUCAUUCCUUGACAUUUUGUAUGAGAAUGAAAAGGUUUUUUUUAUUAAAACUGUUCAAGCACA